AUGGACGGGCAGUGGGACUUAGUUAUAUCGUCGCUGCAGGAUAUAUACAAUGCGAACGAGGUGACGGCGUUCGAUGAGGACAUGGAGAUGAAGAAGCUUAACUUCGAGAAUUUGGAACUCGCUCAAUUGGAUGAGUACUUUGACAAGUUCCAAGAGCACAAGGAGAACAUUAGAAGAGCACAUAGGCUAUUGGAGACAGUGCGCACUAACUUGGCUACCGUGAUCGAAAACACCGAACCAAGCCAGUCGGCAGCAGGUACACCUGGGCCUAACCAUAGUGAAGAGGUAACUCCUGGUGGUUCUGGUGCUGCAGCUAAUGCAGUUGCUACUGGUCCUCUGGGCAAGCUGUACUGGAUCAGUCAAUUUUGUUCAAACGAACCUAUCUAUCUGCACUCUGAGGUCGCGUAUAAGCCCAAAAAGGGAAACAUCGAUGGCGAGUGGUUUCAAUGUGAAGUGGUCAAGAUCUCCAGUGAUGGGAUGAGGUUUGAAGUCAUGGACCCUGAGCCCGAUGAGCAAGGUAAGACUGGCAAGGUGUUCAAGUGCUCGUGGAAGGAUUUGUUGUUGAUCCCACCGGAGACUACUCCAAGAUCCAAAAUACCUAACUAUCCACCAGGUACUCAGGUGCUAGCAAGAUAUCCUGAAACCACUACUUUUUACCCAGCUGUGGUAAUUGGAAACAAGCGAGACGGUACUUGUAGAUUACGUUUCGAUGGCGAAGAAGAUGCCGAGAAGGAAACUGAGGUGCCUAGAAGACUCGUCUUACCUUCUCCAAUGAUCUCAGCAUUCCCAACAAAAAAAUGA